AUGACGACAACAACACCACUGACCAAGGACUCUCGCAAUGCCAUUGGCAUGCCCAUGAUUGGAUUUGGAACUUACCAAAUGAGCAACGAACAGGCCGAAGCCAGUGUCCUCCUCGCCCUCAAGGCUGGCUUUCGUCAUAUUGACUCGGCACAAGGAUACAACAAUGAAGAAGGAACGGGUCGUGCGCUCGCUGCUUUCUUUAGUGAUGACAAUAACACACGAGAAGAUGUCUUUGUCACUACCAAAUUGUGGCCCGGAUACACUGGUUGGGGCAUGCCAGAACAGGGAUACGACGAUACCAUUGCCACGUGCAAAAAACAACUGGAACAACUUCAAUUGACAUACAUUGAUUUGUAUUUGAUCCAUUCUCCCACAUCAUCCACCCGCGUAGAACAGUGGCGUGCCAUUGUCGAACUCCAAAAAAUGGGAUUGGUCAAGCACAUUGGUGUCUCCAACUACAACAAGGCGCGGCUCCAAGAAAUUGAAGAUGCCGGGUUGCCCAUGCCACAAGUCAAUGAAAUUGAAUUCCAUCCGUUGAUGCAACAACCGGAAAUGACUCAACUCAUGCAAGAAAAAAAGAUUGUCCCCGUGGCCUACAGUUCCUUGGCGACAAUGAGUUCCUGGCGCAAGGAAAAGGGACAAGGUGGUGAUGUCAAGGCAGACUUGAAGGCCGAUGCGCAGGCCGUACAGGCGGCAAUUGCCAAGGAAUUGGAGGUUCCCGAAGCGGCCGUCUUGCUGCGAUGGGGCAUGCAACGUGGAUACGCCGUAUUGACCAAGAGUACCAACGAAGAUCGCAUCAAGUCCAAUUUGGAUGUCUUUGGAUUUGAACUCACCGAAGAGCACAUGAACAAGAUGAAUGCACUCAACAAGAACGAGUAUCUCGCAUGGGCCGCAAAUGGAAUGAAUCCCAUGGAAGUGGAAGUACCACUUGCAAAAAAGGAUUAA